GGUGCAUUACAUUGCAGCGAAUUGAAUGAUUGACUAUACCUCUAUAAAGAGGGCAUGAAGGUGAUACUCAUAAUAAUACAACAUCCACAAAUAUGGAGAAUAAUAACACAUCGAUGGACGCAUCAGAAGCCAGCUGGUUAUCUGAUUUGCUGUUGCAGGAAACGGAGGAUGGUUGCAACUUGUUCCGACAAUGUCACCUUGAGACGUUGCUCGACGAUGAUGAAGAGUUGCUUUCGCAUGAGAUAGCAAGUGCCUUUGAGAACUUGCAGCAACCUUUGUCUUCGGAGAGUAACACUUCGUAUUCGGAGACUCCGAUGAACUCAUUCACGGAAGAAACAAGUUUUGAGAAGCCCAUCAAGCAGCCCAAAACGAAUGCCUCUAGUUGGAACUCAUCGUUCACUAAGCAUUUUUCGUUAUCUUCAUCCCCUUCUUCUCCAACCUCCAAGAUCCUGUCUUUCGAGAACUCAAACUCGUCCCCUCCCAAUCCCAACAACACCGAUCAGUUUCAUGGUAUUGUUGUUUCUGCUGCCUUAAGCCCAAAGCAGAUCAAGACCAAAGGUGCUUCAGUUUCACUCCCACAUACCCGGAAACGUUUAUCAGAAAACCAGAACUUUGAAGCUGAAAGCCCCAAAGGCCAUAGAAGCUACAAGUCCCCAUCUCACGUUCGGGAUCACAUCAUCGCCGAGAGAAAACGAAGAGAGAAGCUCAGCCAGAGCUUAAUCGCUCUAGCAGCUCUUAUUCCUGGCUUAAAGAAGAUGGACAAGGCAUCAGUGCUGGGAGAUGCUAUAAAGUACGUGAAAGAGCUCCAAGAGCGUAUGAGAAUGCUUGAAGAAGAGGACAAGAAUAGAGAUGUGGAGUCUGUGGUGAUGGUGAAGAAACAACGGCUGAGCUGCUGCGACGAUGGUUCAGCUUCACAUGAAGAUGAAGAAAACAGUGAAAGACUCCCCCGCGUGGAAGCGAGAGUGUUAGAGAAGGACGUGCUCCUUCGGAUCCACUGCCAAAAGCAAAAGGGGCUUUUGCUCAACAUACUUGUCGAGAUUCAAAACCUUCAUCUCUUCGUUGUCAAUAGCAGUGUCCUACCUUUCGGGGAUUCCGUACUUGACAUAACCAUUGUUGCUCAGAUGGGAACCGGCUACAAUUUGACCAUAAAUGAUCUUGUAAAAAACCUACGCGUGGCUACUUUGAAAUCCAUGUCAUAACACCAACGUGAUCUUGUCUGUUUCUGGUCCAGCAGGAUGGUCUGGUGGUGGGUGGUAAUAUUAAUAAUGAUAUUUUCAUGUUUUGUGGUGUGCAGAUACCCAAAAAUGAUUGAAAAUGAGUUAUUGUUUGAAGUUAAAAAAUUUGGUCCUCCAGUUUAUUUUUAAUUUUGGAUUUGGUCUCCCACUAAAUUAAUUCACAAAUAUUAUUUUCUUAUUUUAUAAAAUCAUGCAAUGUUCGUCCUCUAGUCCACAUUUGAACCUUAACGGGUUACAAGGUGACGUUGAUUAUUGUCACGUGUCACUUUUUUAUUGAAUGAUGACUGUCACGUGUCAUGUUCUGAUGGGUCAAUGAAAAUAACAAUGCAUUUCAUCUUUUAUGAAAUUGACAUCCAAUCAGAACAUGAUACGUGACAAUCAUCAUUCAAUAAGAAAGUGACACAUGGUAGUCAACGUCACUUUGUAACAAUACGUCCAAUUGUGGGUUGAGGGACCAACAUUGCAUGAUUUUAAAAAGUAGGAGGAAAAAAAAUUGUGAAUUAAUUUAAUGGGGGACAAAAUUCGAAAUUGAAGACAAACUGGGAAAUCAAAAAUGUAAUUUUGCCUUGAUCCAAAUGCUCUCUUGUCAAUUUGAAUGCACAAAAUUUAUAUGUAAUUGAACUUUCAUUUCAAAAUUUACUUCUCUUGAUAUUUAAUGCAAAUAUUUAUUAUAUGAAUUGUUUAAAUGAAA